AAAGUGUGACUAUUUGGUCACAUGGAUAGCAACGUGUAAACAAAUAUAGCUAAACUAGAUAAAAUAGCAUUAUCCUGGUUCUGCUCUGAUGACGUUUUGCGGUAUUUUAUUCUAAUGGCCUCUUAUAGCAAAUUACACACAAGUGUAACUUUCUGGUGCGAGAAAAAAAUCAAAGUAACAAAAGAGCGUUACGAUACGAUUAGUAUUUGAUGUUCCGGGAGGGACGUUGCUGGAAAGGAGAGAGACACCCCUCCUUCGUGGGAAUGGAGCGUCGUGGUUUACAAGAUUAAAAUGGGAGCAGGUGCCUCAUUCGCAAUCUUUAAGGCGGGUUCAUCCUCCAGAAUCAAGAAGCCCAGCCGGAAGAUCCAGCCCGAGCCGUGCGGUGUGCGCUUGGGACCGGUCUUUGGUGUCUCCCUGCCGGUGAUGAGAGAGACUGGGCAGCUGGUGUGCGGCCUUCCCUGGGUGCUGAGGGAGAUGGUGGAGUUCCUGGAGAAGCACGCCCUCCAGCAGAGGGGGCUGUUCCGCCUGGGCGGCGCAGUGCUGAAGACCGGCCUCCUGAAGGCCCGGUGUGACCGCGGCGAGGCCGUGGAAGUGGGCGCGGCUGGUGACGUCCCGAGCGUGGCCUCCCUGCUGAAGCUGUUCCUGAGGGAGCUUCCCCAGGCCGUCAUUCCUGAAGCCCAGCGCGUCGAGAUGGUCCGCUGCUUCAGAGAGUGUACAGAUGAACGGGCUCUGAACCAUAUGUUGAAGGAGCAGCUGAGCGGUCUACCUGAAGACAACCACAACAUCCUGUCUUACGUAUGUCACUUCCUGCUGAAGGUGGCCUCCCACAGCCAGGUCAAUCACAUGUCGGUGGAAAACCUGGCCACAAUCUUCGGCCCCUGCCUGUUCCAUGUUCCUCAGAGCCCCAGGAUGCUGGAGGAGCAGACCCUGUGCAAUGCGCUGGUUUGCCAUUUACUGCACAACCUCUCCUUCCUCCUGGGGGGGGCCCUGGACACGCCCUCUCCACCCCCUGCCCUGCUCGCUCUGUCCACCCCUCAGGAGAAGGCCAUUGACCCCAUCCCCUCAGUUUGGCCCUAUGAGAGCUCAGCUGAAGCACAGCUGCCAGGCACAGCUGAGAUAGUAGAGCUUAACACAGCUGAGACACAUGUGCUUAACACAGCUGAGACAUCGUUGCCAGGCACAGCUGAGACACUAGUGCUUAACACAGCUGAGACAUCGUUGCCAGGCACAGCUGAGAUACUAGUGCUUAACACAGCUGAAACAAAAAUGCUUAACACAGCUAAGGCACAAGUGCUUAACACAGCUGAGACACAAGUGCUUAACACAGCUGAAACAAAAAUGCUUAACACAGCUAAGGCACAAGUGCUUAACACAGCUGAGACACUAGUGCUUAACACAGCUGAGACAUCGUUGCCAGGCACAGCUGAGAUACUAGUACUUAACACAGCUGAAACCAAAAUGCUUAACACAGCUAAGGCACAAGUGCUUAACACAGCUGAAACAAAAAUGCUUAACACAGCUAAGGCACAAGUGCUUAACACAGCUAAGACACAAGUGCUUAACACAGCUGAGACAUUGUUGUCUGACACCUCCCAUCCGGUCCUGACACCAUUCCAGAUAACAAGGGAUGACCCAAGCAGGCUGAAGCCGCCGGAGAAGGACAGUGUGGUCCUCACAGACGCCACACCUCGAGCGGAGAGGUCAGGGGUGGAGAGCCCAGGACAAGAGCAGAUCCUCCAGCCCGAAAAACCGAUAUCCAGCUGCAGACCCAUCUCUGACCUUCAGGAGGGCUUCUGCCAGGAUAUGGAUGCUACAGCAGAGCUGGCGGAGCGUCAGGGGAGCGCGGGUCCACCGGAGAACAGGGACCUCCUCUGCCCCGGCUCACCUCACGCGGACAGGUGA